UUGUCACAAUAAAGGCUUUAUGGGCUCAGGUCCGACAGUGGUGCCGCAAUACUACGGCGUGCCGUGGGGCAUGUAUCCGGCGGGCAGCAUCAUACAACCGGCCGGCGCGGCUGGUCAGCCCGGCACCGCGGCCAACGGCACCAACACGGCCCAGCAACAGCGCAGGCCGAUGAGCCCGUCGCAGGGAGACGGCACCCAGUACCAGGUCAUACCGGCGUUCUACGACCAAAACGGAUCGCUGGUGAUGACCCGCAACGGCGGUCAGCUCCGACUCGUGUCACCGGCAUCGGUCAUCGUCAACGCCCAACAAGGACUCCAACCACAGCCUCAGCAGGCGGUCGGUUCGGCAGCCAACAACUAUUCGACCAACUUGACCUCACUGACAUCCAGCCUUUCGUCGCUGGGGGUCAGCGCAGCUGGCGUACACGAUGUCAACGUCAGUCUUGGUCUAGGGUCCGGAAAUGCCGGCAGACGCGAUUCCUUUGACCGUAACACGUCCGCCUUUUCGCCGUCCAUGGACUACGCCCGUCAUAAGUGGCCGCAGUACAACACACUGGCGUCCCAAAGCCCUUUAGGUCUCGCCUCGGGAUCUCUAACACCUCCACCAGCCAUGGGCUCCGCGUCCAAUUUACAGAUGGGCCUCAUGAAUUCGGCCAACAACGCCAACAGAGGUCUGAUGAACGCUGCGCCGGGCGCUGAAGCCAUGUCCAAGUUUAGGGCCAGUGCAGAUUACGCUAUGGGUGGUCUAGCCGCCAACGGAGCUAUGUUUAGCACAGCGGCAAAUCCRAACAAUACGAAUUCCUUGUUCAACAAGAUGGGUGGCGUCCGUGGUAGCGCUUCUUCGUUGGGUGGUUCUUCCAUAACGUUGGACUCAAAACCGUCCGGCCGGAGCAGGCUCUUGGAAGACUUUAGGAACAAUCGUUACCCCAGUCUUCAACUACGAGACCUCACCAAUCAUAUUGUCGAGUUUUCCCAAGACCAACACGGCUCCAGGUUUAUACAGCAGAAGUUGGAGAGGGCUUCCACGCCCGAGAAGCAGUUGGUGUUCUCGGAGAUAUUGGCCGCCGCGUACAGCUUGAUGACCGACGUGUUUGGCAAUUACGUCAUUCAAAAGUUCUUCGAGUUCGGCACGCCCGAACAGAAAUCCACAUUGGCGCAGAAGGUACGUGGACAUGUGUUGCCAUUGGCGUUGCAAAUGUACGGCUGCAGGGUUAUCCAGAAGGCGUUGGAGAGCGUGGGCGGAGAACAACAAGUGGAAAUCGUGCGCGAGCUCGACGGCCAUGUCUUGAAAUGCGUUAAAGACCAAAACGGUAAUCACGUAGUCCAAAAAUGCAUCGAGUGUGUUGAUCCACACGCUCUGCAAUUCAUCAUCAACGCUUUCCAAGGACAAGUUUUAACACUAUCAACACACCCAUACGGAUGCAGAGUCAUUCAGCGUAUACUCGAACAUUGUACAUCUGAACAGACAGCACCGAUACUUGACGAAAUGCAUCAACACGUUGAACAAUUGAUACAAGACCAGUAUGGAAACUAUGUAAUUCAACAUGUAUUAGAGCACGGUAAACAAGAGGACAAAUCUAAAUUAAUAUGCUCUGUCCGCGGAAAGGUGUUGACACUAUCCCAGCAUAAGUUUGCAUCGAACGUUGUGGAAAAAUGUGUAACGCACGCUACGCGUAGUGAACGAUCAAUGCUUAUAGAAGAGGUUUGCGGCUUUAAUGACAACGCUUUACAUGUAAUGAUGAAAGAUCAAUACGCUAAUUAUGUAGUGCAAAAAAUGUUGGAUGUAUGCGAAUCUUCUCAACGUAAGGUGCUUAUGCACAAAAUCCGUCCCCAUUUUGCAUCACUGCGCAAGUACACAUACGGCAAACAUAUUAUUUCKAAAUUGGAAAAAUACUUCAUGAAGAGCAACCAACAGUCUGUGCCUGUAUCUGAAUUGGGGCCUAUUGGACCACCAACAAAUGGAGUGCUUUAAACAAUUCUAUAUUUUCUACUACAAUUUUUUUUUUUUUUUUAUCAUUGUAUCCCUUAAUUAGUAUUUUGAAUCCAAAUUAAGUUCUUUUUUUUUAAAUUACUAUAUAAUUAUUAUUCAAAGUUAGUGGGUUUAACUUAAUUUUUGUGCAUUAAAAAUAUUAGUAUCCAAAUUUAGUUAACAAUAUGUGGAUUUGGAUAUUUUUUUAUUUUUAUUAUUAUUUGUUAGAAACAAAAAAAAAA